AUGAAAGUAUCAAUGUCUACCAUAGCUUUUCUCAUUUUUAUCUUGAUGCUCUCAAUUUUUGUUGCCAAAGUAACUAAUUUAAUUGCUACAGACGUCGAAACGAAUGUAGAGACAAUUAAACCGAAAUAUUACGAUAUUGAUGAUUCUCCAGAUCAUCUUAUGUGGUUUUUGCAGAUCUCAGAUAUACACAUUAGUAUUUUUAAAGAUUACUCAAGAAUAACGGAAUUUAAAGAAUUUUGUGAUAUUACAGUUAGGACAAUAAAACCUGCUGUUGUAUUAGCAUCGGGCGAUUUAACUGAUGCUAAAACUAAGGAUGCAAUGGGAUCUAAACAAAUUUUAGAUGAAUGGGAGCACUAUAAAAGAGUACUUAAGGAGACUGACGUUACAAAGAGAACUACUUGGCUCGAUGUUAGAGGAAACCAUGACAAUUUCAAUGUUAUAGCACGUAAUUCUUCAGAAAACUAUUACACAAAUUACUCAGUUCAAGGAAGAAAUCAUUCACGUUCUUAUAUACACCAAAUAUCGGCAAACAAGGAAAAAUUUUCUUUUAUUGCGAUUGACGCUUGUCUUGAUCCCGGACCAAGACGUCCAUUUAAUUUUAUUGGUCUUCUGGAUAAUAAGGAAGUUGAUCAUGUUAAAAAGCUCGCUCAAGAGUCUCGUCGUUUGAAUAGUAAUUAUAUUAUUUGGUUUGGACAUUAUCCUACAUCUUCUAUUUUGACCGAAGACACACGAAAUAUUCGAAGCAUUAUGGGUGACUAUGGGGAAGGGUUGGUCUAUCUUUGUGGACAUUAUCAUACUUUGGGUGGUACACUACCCGAAAUGUACACUCUUCAACAUGUUGGGUUUUUAGAGUUAGAGUUAGGAGAUUGGAAAGAUAAUCGCCUGUACCGCGUUGCUGCAGUAGACCAUGGACAAUUUUCUUUUAUUGAUGUCAAGCAUGGAGAUUGGCCUGUGAUAUUAAUUACUAAUCCUAAACAUGCUCUUUAUACAAUGCCAAGUAAAGAGAAUUUCGAGUCUAUUGUUAAAUCGACGCAUAUAAGAGUUUUGGCAUUUUCUACGACACCGAUUGAAAAAGUUGAAAUAAAAAUUAAUGAUGAACCUUGGAUCGAUUGUAACCACAUUGAAGGACCACUUUAUACUAUCAAAUGGAAUCCAGCGUUGUAUAAAAGUGGAAUACAAAUUAUACGUGCAAGGGUUGAAGAUAAAAAUGGUAAACAAAAAGAGAUAACACAACCGUUCGUAUUAGACGGAACUCGUUUAUCGUUUAAAUUACUGUCGAGAUUUAUUCUUAUGUCUAAUGCCACUACCAUAUUUGGAGUUGCAUUUGCCAUAAUGCACUUGCUGAAUAUUAUACCGUUAUGGCCAUGGGCUAUCGGAGAAAUAAUAGAUGAUCAUGUUGGUGUAAUAUUUGCGUGGGGAAUGUUUAUAAAAAAUGCAUACUUACCGGGAUCGUUUACCUACGCUUAUGGAUUUUUCCAAUUGCUAUCAUUCCAUAUGCCUUUAACAAUACUUUUGGCUCAUAGAAUUGAUAAACGAUUUGACGAGUUUGAUAGACCAUCACGAAAAUCUUCAAGUAUAUUUAAUAUCUUUUGGGCAAAUUUACCAUUUCUGCUAUUAAUCAUAAUGCAAACCAGUAUGACGUACUUUUUUUGGCUGGCUUAUGGAACUUUGGCUACUAUUUUGUGUCCUCUUAGAACGUGGAGUAUAAUUUUAGCACUCGUGCUAUGGUACCAAGUUUAUACACUACCAAAUCAUUGCUUGAAAUCCGCUAAAUACGCAUGGUCGACUUCCAAAGAAUCAACAAUUAACAAUAAAUAA